AUGAAACUGAGAAGAACAACUUUAUUACCACUAGCAUCAAUCAUAUCCCUAUCCUUAGCCCACGACCUCAAGGAGAAGCCACCACAGGGUCUAUCCUGGGAAGAAUGGCACAUGAAGGCCGAGCAUGGGUUGGAUGAAUACGAUCCAGAGAGUUUUUUCACGUUGCAUGAUUCGAAGAAUAAGAAGUAUUUGGAUUCAGAUGAUAUUUUGAACGCGUAUGGGUUGCAUAGGGAUGAAGUUGUUGGGAAAGGUGAUGGGUUGGGUAGUCAUGAUGAUUCAGAGAGUAUUAGUGCUGAGACUAAGAGGGAGAUUGUUAGUAAGAUUUUGAAAUUGUUGGAUAGUGAUAGUGAUGAGAAGGUUACGCUGGAUGAGUAUUUGAAGUUUGCUGAGAAAGGUGGGAAGUUCCCAGAUUUAGGUGUUGGAGUUGGACAUCAUGGAGAUUUUGAACAUGAGUACGAGGUGCAUCAUUGGAAUAAGUAUCAUAAGGAUCAAGAUCCAGAUAUUAAAAUCAUUCAUAAGGAGGAUAUUGAGCAUGAGUUAUUGCAUCAUGAACAUGAGAUUGAACAUGAGGUUGAUCCUAAUGCUGCCAAAAUGAGUGAUGAAGAAUUAGAAAGUCGCAUCAUUUUACAAAAUAUUCCACCAAAGUAUAGAUCAUGA